UUUAUGGAGAGCGUCUAGUUACGUGAAGUUGAGUUGAAUCCAUUAAGAUUUCGAUGGAAAUAAUCGUUGUUUAUAAAAAAAAAACUAUAAAACUGUCAGUUAUGAGCAAUAAAACAUAGUUUUGCCACACCAAUAGCUCUGGAAAGAUCAGUCCAAGACCGCGGUUUUCAUAAAUCUUAAACUCACAUCCCUCACCGAAGCGAGGGAUUUUGUUGAGGACUAACGUUAACGUCAUGUCAUCCAAAUUCAACUUCAGUUUCAGGAGAAAAGAGAAGAGAAAAUUUCGGCAUAUAGCUCAUGGCUUGAUCCCUGCUGCCACCAUUGCCCCUAGACCUGCUGUUCCCCGCACUCCUCCCCCACGAAGCCCUAACCCCUCUCCAGAGAGACCCAGGUCUGCUUUGGCAGCUGCCAUAUUGUCUUCCUCCUUGACAGGCCGGACGGUUGCCAUUCCUCCUCCACGCCAAAGAUCUUACUCCGAGAGUGAUUGUUCACUUGCAGACAGCCAAACUGGCUUUGAGCCCUACACUGCCACUGCACUUUAUACCAGGGAUGGAUGGCCAGAUUCAAUGACAGAAAGACCCCCUGUGUCCUCCCUAAGACAUACUGAUGAGGAUGAUGAAGGUGAUGACAGUGAUGAGGUGGAGGGACUAGAGGGAGAUGAAGAUCAUGUGUAUCAGUCCCUUGAGAGGCAGAGCAGAGCUGAUGACAUAAAUGUUGUUUACGCUGUGCCAAUAAAACACAGGAAGGACAAGACCAAUUCAGACGUUGGUGAAGAGACAGAAGACUCUGCAUUCGAUAUUGUGUCUCCACUACCGACUGAAGAGGAAAUUGUGGUUCAGGAAGGAGCAGCUCAAACGCAGCCAUCAUUGCUACGACAACCAAGAUCAGCCUCUCGUGGGAGCAUGGCAUCUCCAGAGCUUAAUGAUGACUGGAGCGCUCAGUCUCACAGAUCACUGAAUACUUCAAAAAGGAAAACCUCACGGAUGAAGGCGAGUCCAGUGAGAGAAAAAGAGAGAGACAUCAGUCCAGAGGACAGUGAAGUGUUGCGCAGUACGCUAGAGGUGCAGCAAGCGCUUGUAAAGGAGCUGAGGGAGCAGACUCAAAUUCUGGCUCAGGAGAAGAGAUGUUUACAACAGAGUCGGCACAUAGAGCAUCUUCAGCAGGAGCUCUGCCACUCUCGCACAGAGAGAGGAAACUCCACAGGUGAAAGCUCUGAGUUGCUGAGUCUGAGGCAACAGGCUCAGGAGCUGGUGGAUGAGAAUGAUGGGCUGAAGAUGACGGUUCACCGUCUCAACGUGGAGCUCAGCAGAUACCAGGCUAGAUUCCGACCACUAAACAAGGACGAGAAUGCUCAGUUUAAAUGCCUCCCAGUGAAAGGACCUGCACCUCCUUGGCUGCUGGAUAUGAAAUAUUUAUCACCUUUGCUGCUGGCUUAUGAGGACCAUCUGAAUGCCAAAGACAAACUCCUCAAGUCCUGUGAGGACGAACUACAGAGUCUCAGAGCGCGUGCAGAGGAGGUCAUUCAGGAAAACGAGAAACUUCAUGCUCAGGUUAACAAAAGCAGCACUGUCAGCAACAAAGAAUGGAGGCAACUGCAGGAGCAGGCUCGCUUGGUGCUGGAGGAGAAUCAAGUGUUGAUAGAGCAAUUGGAACUACAGCAUGCCAAAGCUAAAGAAGCCCACAGCAAACAUACACAGGAAGUGUGUAAGGUUUUGAAACAGGUGAUGUUGUUGGAGUCAGAGAAACAGGCUCUGGAAAAAGAGCUAGAGGUGGAGUGUAAAGAACACCGUGCCCUGAAGACAGAGUUUCAACGAGUGCGCUUGGCUCUAGAACACUCUCUGAGCUUGGUUGAGCACAAUGCUGUGACUGACAAAUUUAAAAGACAGCUGCAGGAUCUUGAGAGGGUGAAGAAUAGUGAGGUUGAAGAGCUGCUGGCUCGUGUAAAUGCACUGGAGGGGGAGAAAAAGACUCUGCUGCUAGACAAAAUCAACCUUAACACAGAUAUCAAACACUUGGAAACAGAGCUACAGCUUUCACAGCAAGCUAACAGGAAGGCACAGAGACGUACAAGUGUCCUGAAGCAACAGGUUGAAGACUCUCUAGAGAAAGAGCUCAUCGCUCAUCAGUACCUUGCCAAUAUUGUCACACUGGCAGAGAAAACCAGCCAUGAAAGGGACCAGCUCAUGCACUUGGCUUCAUCUCUAGAGAAAGACAAGGAGGGUGUCCUCACACGUAUCAUAGAAAGCACCGUCAGCCUGGGAAAGCUGCAGGAAAAAGUAAAGGUGUACAAGCAGAAGGCGUCAGCAAGUGUAUAUUCGCUAGGUCGGCGUCUGCGCGAACAGGAGGAAGACUUUGCGGGGAAAGCAGCGAGUUAUCAACGAGAGAUCCGGCACCUGCAGAGCCAACUAAGAGACAGACAGGAACAACUGCACGGAGCUCUGCAGCAGAAGAGAGAAGUGGAAGGUGAUUUGGAGGUGGUUUGGGAGGCAGCGACCAGAGAGAGUCAGCGCUUGAGAGAGGUGGUGUUGAGGAGCAGUACACUAAGUCCAGCCACCAUGGCUCCUGCCCUACGCAGCACUUCCGGCAAGUCUCCUGCCAGGAUCCCCCGUAUAGAGGAUCAUUUGCUCUGCUCACUGCCCCCUCCCUUCACUUCCAGACAGAGUCGUCUGCCACAUAAUUUACAGUGCAGCCCCAUGUAUGACUCCGAUUCUGACCUGCACCAGAAUCCGUCAUCUGAUGAGAGUGACAAGAGCGGACAGGAUUCCUAAUAAUUCCGUAUUCUCCUUAAGUGUUUUGCGUUUACCUGAAUGCUCAAUGUGCUUUCAUUUAAAAUACAUAAGGCCACUAAAUGCACAACCAUUCUUUCUGUUAACUUUGAUAAAUGUGCUUUGAUGUUUUUUCCCAGCAUAUAGUAUAUGUAUCACAGUGUUCUUGAUUGUCAAUAAUGAUUAUCCUGUAGAUGGAGCACUUAUUGAGCUACUGAGCUAAAUUCAGAAAGCAUUUGUGACAGAGCA